AUGUUUGUUUAUGGAUUACGGUCCACGUACUACGUAGUUGUCAUGAUAACAAUGUCGACGAAACAGUGGUAGGCAAACGAGAUACCGCAUUAUCAGGUAGUCGACGAAACGGAAAAGUGUCUAUUAUGUGAAAAAAAAAAAUAAAUAGUAUUUAGUUCGGUUGUCUGUGCGAAAUAAUUAUUUUGUUGCGAUUUGGUAAGUUAUAAAUACAUAAUAACCGUCUUUUAUAAGUAUAGAUUACAUGUUUUACUAACAUUUGCCAUUUAAUGUUUUUCUGAAGUAUCGUUUAAUAAUAUUUCGUGUUUUGUAAUUAAUUAUUUUUAAUGUUCAUUUCGCAAUAUGUUACUUUUAUGUACCUAUGAGUAGACAUCUAAUAAUCUAGGUGUACAAUAUAUGAUCUGGCGACUUGGAAAACAAUACACCUACAUUCAAAUUUAUAAUUUUCGAAAGACAUAACGAAAAUUGGUGUUUUUGUUUAAUUACCUAUAUACUAUACACAAAUAUAAUAUACCUACUUUGAUAUAUUACGUUUUUAAAUAUUUUCAUACAAAACGUUGAUAAUUUUUUAUUAUUAUUAUUUAUAAAUUAUAUGUCUACUAAAGAAUAUUUAUAUUGGUUAAUUUAAUAAAUUUUAAGUCUCCAUUAAUACAAAAAAAAAAAGAAACAGUCAAAUACCGACUAUUUUUUCACUCAAUAGAUUUGUUCAUUUUAACAAAAUAUGUACACUAUAGAUUUUACACCGUUGUGUAGAUUUGACAUCCGAAUGUUUGAUAUUUUACUGGUGUGAGUACUAUAUUCUUUAUUUCUUUAUCUAAAUUGUGAAACUAAUAUACCCAGUGAGUUUAUUCUAUGAAUAUUGUCUUGUAAUAAUAUUUUUAAUAUUAAAUACAAAAUAAGUACCAUAUAUAAACACUUAUUUUGUGUAUACACAUAAAACAAUAUUGAAAAAUAUAAACUUUAAUGAAAAAAAUGUUUAUAACUAGGUAACUAUUUUCCAUUUAUUCUAUGAAACAAUACUAAACCACAUCUUUUGUAGGUAUUUGUUAAUUGUUCUUAAAUUAAUCUAAUUCUAAAACAAACAAAAUAUGUAACAUUUGUAGAUAGCUAUAAACCAAUUUUGUCAUAUCUUAAAUUUUUAAUCCAUUUGUAUAAAUGUCUAUAACCUGUAGACCUAUUAACUAUUUAAUAGGUUUACCUUGUUAGGUAUUACCUAUACACAAACUAUCUAGAUUUUUUUUUUUAUUAAUCAAUUAUAUUUACUUUAGUUGGUAUGCAGAAUGACAAAUCAUCAUCUGAACUACCAGCAAAGAAUAUUUCACCAGUAAUAGAAAAUCCUGUUUCGAUAAAACAUUUUGUACCAAAAAUUGGAUUAUUGCAUCACAAAGAAUCAACACAAAUGAUAUUAUGCAAACCUAAAUUAAUGCCAUUGAAAUCAGUGACUCUGGAAAAACUACAAAAGAUGCAAUCUGAAGCUGAGAAAAAAUUGUCAAAUAGAUGA